AUGGGCCCACCUGCACCAAAUGGAGGUAAAGUUGAGAAAAAAACAGAGAAAAAGCAGGGGAAAAUGAUGAGGUUCCUAGCAAAGGCGAUGCGUAAUCCCGAUUUCAUCCACAAGUUGGUGCAAAUGAAGGAGAAGAGAGAAGAAAUCGAGGACUAUAAAAAAAGGCAAAGGCCGAAAGAUUUUAGUUGUGUCAAAACCGAACCGUGGGACGAGUUUGGAAGUUUUUUACAGGUGCCAAGUGUCGGAACUCGAGCCACUAGCGUUGGAAAUGCAGGGGUUCAGGAGGGCCGAAAGGGAGAACAUGGAAAAAGAGAAGCGCUCGGGGGAUUUGAGAGGUUUUAUGAUGAUGAUAAAGAGCUUGAUGAGGGGUUAUGGGAUGAGUUUUUCAGUGAGGGGUUUGGUGAGUUUGGAGGUGGUGAUGAUGAUGAAGAGGAGGAAGAGGAUGUGAAGGUGUUGGCUGAUAGGUUUGGGUUAUUUGGGGUCAAGUCCUAA